GGCCCCGCCGCUUCCCUCCGCUUCCCGCCAUGGCGCCGUUCGAACCGGCGGCGCUGCCGGAGCUGCUCCCGGUGUUCUACCGCCGGCUCUUCCCGCACGGCGCCUACGGCCGCUGGCUCGGCUACGGCGGCGUGGAGAAGAACUACUUCCAGCUGCGGGAGUUCUCCUUCACGCUGCGGGACGACGUGUACGUGCGGUUCCAGUCGUUCGGCAGCCCGCAGGAGCUGGAGAAGGAGCUGCAGAGGACCAACCCCUACAAGAUCGACAUCGGGGCCGUAUAUUCGCACCGCCCCAACCAGCACAACACGGUGCACCUCGGAGCGUUCCAACCCGUGGAGAAGGAGUUGGUGUUCGACAUCGACAUGACCGACUACGACGACGUCCGGACGUGCUGCAGCUCGGCUGACAUCUGCUCCAAGUGUUGGACUCUGAUGACCAUCGCAGUGCGUGUGAUUGACCGCGCGCUCGUGGAGGACCUGGGCAUGAAGCACCGCCUGUGGGUGUACUCAGGACGGAGAGGUGUCCACUGCUGGGUCUGCGACGACGCCGUACGUAAAUGGUCCCCAGCGCUGCGUGCGGCUGCUGUGGAGUACCUGAGCCUGGUCAAGGGUGGAGCUGAGACGGUGAAGAAGGUGAACCUGUCGGAGCCCGUGCACCCCUUCAUCAGGCGGUCGGUGAGUGUGGUGGAGAAGUACUUUGAGGCGUACGCACUGCAGGGUCAGGACAUCCUGGGCAGCCCCGAGCGCUGGGACAAAGUGCUAGCCCUGGUCCCAGAGGAGCACCGUGAGCUGCUGCAGAGUGAGUUCCCCAAGAAGCGCGACUCAGUGCAGCGCUGGGAGCUGCUGAAGGGCCGCAUGGAGAGGACGCGGCGGUUGGCGAGCAGUGGGAAGGGCACGGCCUGCUAUGCAGACUGGGAGGUCAUGCUGCAGUACUGCUUCCCACGGCUCGACAUCAACGUCAGCAAAGGCAUCGGGCACCUCCUGAAGAGCCCCUUCAGCGUCCACCCCAAAACAGGCCGCAUCUCAGUGCCGCUGGACGUGCAGAGGUUGGAUGACUUCGACCCAUUUGCGGUGCCCACCAUCAGCUCGCUGUGCCAGGAGCUGGACGCAGCCGGCGACGACACAGAGCAGGAGGACGGCGAGGAGACGGAGCCGAAGCGGCGCAUGCGGGACUACCGUCGGACGCAGCUGGCUCCGUACGUGAAGGCCUUCGAGCAGUUCGUGGAGGAGAUGGAGCGCGGGCGGCGCGUGGAGCGGCUGCGGAGGAGCGACCUGCAGGGAGAGUUCUGACCCGCGGCAGCCCCUGGCCUUGGGAGGCCGUUGAUUGACGUCGCUGCUGCUGUGGGGCAGGGAGGCUGACCCCCCCCAUGUCGGUUGCCUUCUCACUUUGUUUUUAUGCUUUUUAUACUUUUUGUACCCAAAAUCCAUUAAAGGGCGCUGCUCA